AUGGGAGAUGAAAGAGGUGACAACUUUGAAGGUAUGAGCACCGAACGCCUUAAACUGGAGUUAAUGGAAGAAAUCCAUAUGAGAAACUUAGUACAACUCUCAAUACUUGAAAUAGGAAACAUGAUUGUGGAACUCAAUACUAGAAAUAAACCCAGUAAGUGGGAAAUCCGUUAUAAAACACAACUUGAACUGAAUCAUCAACUAGAAAAGCAAAUUGCUACUCUCAAAGAGAAAAUGGAAAUGGUCCGUGGAAAUCCUUCAGAUAGACUAUCUUCUAUUCAUCUCUAUGAGCAAAUGCCAGUGGAAUCCUUAAAUAUACUACUUAAACAGCUAGAAAAAGAAAAAAGGAUCCUUGAAAAUCAAGUGAAAGACUAUGCACUUAGACUGGAACAAGAAGCAAAGGCUUACCGCAAGGUCAGUAAUGAACGCCGUAUAUACCUAGCUAAAAUGUCUCAAGUCUCUGGCUCACGCCAAGUUCCUAAAAGGCAACAGAUGGAUCAACUGCAUAGAAUGAAAGACAAUCUAGUGCAAACGGGAAAACGUAAUCCAGCUAAUCAGAAGAUAGUAAAUGCCAAGAGAGAACCAGCAAAAAAGACCGCAAGAUCAAACUAUCUUCCCAAACUCAAUCCGUGA